AAGCUCCUUCUCGUUGUUGUUGUUGUUUUCCUUCACACUCUCUGUUCCCUUCUUGCGCUUCACGAACCAACCAGAUUUUGAAAUCCCACACCCGUUUUUGCAUUCGGAUCAAACCCUUUUGAUCUCUCGGCAAGUUUUCGCGCAAUGUGGUUGCCCUGAAUCUCACACCAAAUCAGAGUCCACAAGAUUUGUCACAGUAUCGACGACCCAAAACGCCACAUCGCCAAAAUACCGUUUUUUUCUAAUGGGGACGGUGCCGUCAACGCCGCGCAGGGGUGGCGCAUUCUCGCCGGAGACGGCGGAGUAUCUAAUCGGCACUUUCGUCGGCGACCAGUCCUUCCCGCUUUCAUCGGAGUUCUGGCAGAAAUUGCUUGAGCUUCCUCUUAAUGUUCAAUGGCCCACUCAACGUGUUCAAGAAGCUUGCGAGCUGUUGGCCAAAAACAGUUGUCACACCAGGCAUCUUGCCAAGAUUUUGUUCCAUUUAGCGUGCUACUUGCAAGAGUCCAUGUCUACUUCUGGUGCGUCACCCUUGGUUUAUGAAAAGGCUGUUAAUGCAGGGUACAUCAGUUCAGUAUUUUUGAAGCACUUGAUUGAAAGUGUCCAAGGCGAUAAUAUUCAGUUGUAUCUGUCUCUUGAUGAUAAUGAGGCUGCACAGAAGGAUGUUCUGGGAGACCAAACAAUUGUAAAUCUUGUUAUGCGGAAUGUGCUGGACUUCAUAGCAUCAGUAGAAGUGAGUUCGGAAACAUUCCUCCUACAUCUAGAGGUGCUUAAUUUCAUGAUUAUUGCAAUGUCAACUCAGCUUCUCUGUGGGCCAUCUCCUGGACCGAAUGAUGUGAACCCAUUUAUUGAUGCAGCAAUGGCUCAGGACAGUUCUCUGGUUGGUUCAGUUGUUCGCAGAUUGCUUCUAAAUUUCAUUGCCCAUGCUAAUGUUCCAUUAAAUAGGGCAACUUAUUCCAUCUUUUAUGAUGGAAGUCAGAGUAGUGUGCUACAGAGAGUUGGUUCUGCGGCUGCAAAUAUUGUUUUAUUUCCAUUCAGUUAUCUGGUCAGUUCAAGUGGUGAAGGAUCAAGAAGUCCUAUUGCAGAUAUCAGUAUUCAUGUGCUUCUUGUUCUCAUUCAUUAUCGUAAAUGUGUUGUGAGUGAGGAUUACUCUGCUGUUGAAAAUAACAAAUCUUCCACUUCUGAUUCUUUGCUCAAAGAAAAUCCUCAUUUUUCUGACAACCCUUACUGCAAGGCCUUGGAGCAUGCAAUUGAUUGUGAAUUGGAUCGUGUAGAUAUUGAGGGCAAUGCUCACAGUGCUCGACACAUAAAGUUGCCUUUUGCUUCGUUGUUUGAUACACUUGGCAUACGCUUAGCUGAUGAGGCAGCUGUCCUACUGCUAUACUCACUGUUGCAAGGGAAUUCUGCCUUUCUGGAGUAUGUAUUGGUGCGGACAGAUCUGGAUACAUUGUUAGUGCCAAUUCUGGAAGCUCUAUACAAUGCUCCAAGGAGGACAGCUAAUCAAAUUUACAUGCUGCUAAUUAUACUUCUCAUACUUAGUCAAGAUUCUUCUUUUAAUGCAAGCAUUCAUAAGCUGAUAUUGACUGGUGUUCCAUGGUACAAAGAACGUCUUCUCCAUCAGACUUCUCUUGGUUCGCUCAUGGUCAUAAUUCUUAUAAGAACUGUACAGUAUAAUUUGUCUAAGCUGCGGGAUGUCUAUCUCCAAACAACAUGUCUAGCAACUUUAGCAAACAUGGCACCUCAUGUCCAUCGAUUGAGUGCAUAUGCAUCUCAGAGACUAGUCAGCCUUUUUGAUAUGCUUUCACGCAAGUAUAACAAAUUAGCUGACCGCAGAGAUAAUAAGCUCCACAUUGCAAAAAGCAACUCAAUUGAAGGAAACAGCCUCGUAGAAGAUAUGUCUACUGAAUUGCACAUUUAUACUGACUUCUUGAGGCUUGUCUUAGAAAUAAUAAAUGCAAUCCUGACUUAUGCACUGCCUCGGAAUCCUGAGGUAGUAUAUGCAAUAAUGCACAGACAGGAAGUCUUUCAGCCAUUCAAGAAUCAUCCACGCUUCAAUGAAUUGCUUGAUAACAUCUAUACUGUGUUAGAUUUUUUCAAUAGUCGCAUGGAUGCUCAAAGAGUGGAUGGUGACUGGUCAGUCAAUGAAGUGCUCCAAGUCAUAAUUGUCAAUUGUCGUUCCUGGAGAGGUGAUGGAAUGAAGAUGUUUACUCAACUGCGCUUCACAUAUGAACAAGAGAGUCAUCCAGAAGAGUUUUUUAUCCCAUAUGUCUGGCAGCUAGUACUAUCCCAUUGUGGAUUCACAUUCAACGCAGGAGCCAUAAAUUUGUUUCCAGUUGAUCUACAUACAGAAAGACUUGAAAAUGGUGAGGUGGGAAGCACACUCCAAAAUGGUGAUUUUGACAAGCCUGAGUAUCAGCUCGAUCCAUAGCCAGUGGGGUAUUACGAACGUGGCCUCUUAAGACAUUAAUUAGUUCUAUUGGUGAAUAUUUGUACAUAUGGAAUAGAUGAUAUGAUUUCCGGAGAGAAAAAAAAAAUGCUAAGAUGUGUAUUGUUCUCAUUCUUUUAUGUUCAUAUAAUUUGAGUGUAGAGGUUCAUUCCCGUAGAUGAAAAUCAGAAUAUCCAUGUAAUCAAUAAGGAUGACACUAAUAUCCAUGUCAUGUCAUAUAAUAAGUUUUUGUAGCUCUGUU